UAGACUUCUCGCCGUCUGUAUACAUAUCUGUUGUUCUACUCAGAGUUCAACAUUGUUUCAUAGAGGAAGCCUCAGUGACAAUGGCUCUCGUCCCCGUCGCAGGCGCACUCGGCGCCACCGCAGCUGCCGCCGCCUACAUCGAUGCCAAAUACCACAUUACCAAAGACAUCCGCGGCAUCCUCGGUGCACGCGCAAACCAACGCGCCCUCGACAAGAACGCGGCCGGCAACGGCCAGUCGCUCUGGUACCAAUUCGAAGCCCAGGUCCACGGCCUCCCGUCCGACGCAGAAGCCAUCUGGAGUCGCACGGGCUGCUACACCUGGGCCGAGACGUAUGCGAAUGCGUGCCGCUAUGGACAGUUUAUGCUGCAGCAGGGCGUGCAGCCGGGGAAGCUGGUGGCUAUGUAUAUGAUGAAUCGGCCGGAGUUUUUGUUUACGCAUCUUGGGAGCUGGGCGAUUGGGAGCGCGCCGGCGUGGAUCAACUACAACCUGGCGGGCGAUGCGCUGGUGCAUUGUCUCAAGGUUGCCGAGGCGAAGGUCAUUGUUGUGGACGAGGAUGCGGACUGCAGGAGGAGGAUAGAGGAGGUCAGGGAGAGACUGGAGGGAGAGCUGGGCAUGAAGAUCGUGGUGCUGGAUCAAGCGCAGAAGGGCGAGAUUUCAAGACUGGAGCCGAAGAGGCCGGGAGACGAGUUGAGGGUAGGCGCGAAGGGGAAGUUCCCUCUGUUUUUGUUCUACACAAGCGGCACAACUGGUCAUCCAAAGGCAUGUCCGUUCGAAACACAGAGAGCAGCUGGCCUCACUGGUCGAGUUGGUGCCAUGGGCCUCAAACCUGGGCCUGAUGGCGACAGGUGGUACGUCUGCAUGCCGCUCUACCACGGCACAGGAGGCACAACAGGGCUGGUCUGCAUGGUCACUGGCAUCACAUGCUGCAUCGGCACCAAAUUCUCAACCUCACGCUUCUGGACCGACGUCCGCGACUCCCGCUCCACAGCCAUCGUCUACGUCGGCGAAACAGCCCGCUACCUCAUCAACACGCCUCCCAGCCCCCUCGACAAGCAGCACAGCGUCCGCGCCAUGUUCGGCAACGGCCUGCGCCCAGACGUCUGGCAGCGCUUCGUCGACCGCUUUGGCAUUGAGAUCGUCGGCGAGUUCUUCAACAGCACAGAAGGCGUCAUGGCGCUCUUCAACGGCUCCCGCGGCCCCUUCACCGCUACCUCCGUCGGCCACCAAGGCCUCAUCGACCGCUGGCGCUUCCACAACACCUACGUGCCCGUCGCCGUUGAUAUCGUCACCGGCGACCUGAUCCGCGACCCCAAGACGGGCUUCUGCAAACGCAAGAGUUAUGAGGAGGGCAGCGAGAUCUUCGUCCAGAUGCCCCAUGAAUCCGCGUUUGUGGGAUACUACAACAACUCCGAGGCGACGCAGAAGCGCUUCGAGCGCAAUGUCUUCAAGAAGGGGGAUUUGUACUACCGCACCGGCGAUGCGCUGCGGCGCGACGCAGACGGGCGGUGGUUCUUCAUGGACCGGCUGGGCGACACGUUCCGCUGGAAGUCCGAAAACGUCAGCACCGCCGAGGUCGCUGAGGCACUGGGUUCCUUCCCCGGCAUCAGCGAGGCGAAUGUCUAUGGUGUUGAAGUUCCCGGGCAUGACGGCAGGGCGGGGUGUGCGGCUAUCAAUAUCACCGAGCCGUUCGACUUCCAGGGGUUGUUGAAGCAUGCGAAAACCAAGUUGCCAAAGUAUGCGGUGCCGGUUUUCUUGAGGGUGCUGAAGUAUCAGACCAGCAUGCACAAUAACAAGCAGAACAAGGUACCGCUACGAAACGAUGGGAUUGAUCUGCGCAAGCUGCAAGAGCGCGCAGACAAGGAGGCGGCUGAGAAGGGGCAACAGGACGUCGAGUACGAUACGCUAUACUGGCAUCCGGCGGCGCUGGCUGCGCACUCAGGGCUGGUCAAGGAGGAUGGAGGGUAUGUGGUGUUUACCAUGGAGGACUGGGAUCGGUUGAGGGGGAGUGCGGGUGGUGCGGAAGCGAAAUUGUAAGCUUGCUCUUGGUUGUCUCCUUGGGUAGGACUUUUGUUGUCAUUUAGCGGGUUCAGAUGAUGUACAAUGUAGGUUUUCAUCUACAGUCC